AUGCAUUGGAACGGCCAGCGAGUGAUGCAGUGGGGUCUUGUAGCGGUAAUCCUACCGGCAGUAGUGGUAGGGUUAGCAUACGGAACAGCUGUUAAGCGUAACGAUUACAGUGAAACGGUUGCUACAUUUGUGUUUCGCUUUAUACGUGACCAUAAAGGCUUAAAGCAGGGCAUCGUUUUCGGGUGUGAUCAGAAGUUAUUGCUCAUUUACAAGGUUUUAUCGCAAUUGGCCACCAUUGGUGUGCGGGCGUGGACGGUGUCUAUCGACCGGCCGGCGGGUUCGUCAUACCGUGCGGACGACGAUCCUGAACCGGAGCGGUUUGCGAACACCCUUCGACGGUCACUCGAAUUUCAUCAAUUUGUGCUGCUCGAUAUGGCUUGUGCAAACGCACCGGAUGUCCUGGAACAGGCUUCGAAAUAUGAACUCUUCAACGCAUCAUUCCAUUGGCUGAUAAUUGAUAAAAACUGCUAUAGCAUCGUGGACGGCAACAAAAUGAUGGCCCGCUUCGCGACUGCUGAGGCCACGGGCAACAAUAGUGUGCUGCCUGACCGAACGGGCAGUUCAAUGCAAUCCUUCGGCAACGGCACCCGGGUGAAUGCCACGGGCGAUACCUUCGGACUGCUCGCAACAAUGAACGUUAGCAUCAAUGCAGAAAUAACCGUUGCAUGCCCCACGGAUACAUCCUAUCGGGGAUUCACACUCUAUGAUCUCUGGAAUCCUGGUUUCAUCAGUGGCGGUAAAUUGAAAAUAGAACCGCUGGGCAGCUACACGUCAGCCCAAGGGUUGCUGAUACCACGGCGCGAAACGACCGUGGUCCGCCGACGGAAUAUGGACGGGCUGAAGCUAAAGAUAAUGACCGUGGUGACACAGAAACCGCACCGACCGUUCGAGCUGUACCUUACGACGCCACAGCACACCCAUCUCGAUUCGGUCCAUCGCUACAACUACGGCCUGAUGAGCAUGCUGAAGGAUUUCUACAACUUUACGUUCGUCAACCGGCGCACCAAGAGCUGGGGCUAUCUGCGGAACGGUAAGUUUGAUGGUAUGAUCGGUGCUUUGUCCCGGCGCGAGGUCGAUCUCGGCGGUUCGCCCAUGUUCUUCCGCCAGGAAAGGCAUCGCGUCGUCAGCUACACUACCCGCACCUUCAUUGAGCGACCGUGCUUCAUCUUUCGUCAUCCACCGCGCAAUGAUGCGGUAAAGAAUCCGUUUUUGCUUCCGUUCGAAAUAAUCGUGUGGUACUGGAUGGUUGGCUGUGGCUUAUUUUUGGCGAUCGUUUUGUGUUGCAGCUUCUUCGUAGAGGAAGUAGGAAGCUGUGCGUCUAUUUCCCGUACGGCACGCAAGACAACAUCAAACGAUGCAACGUGCAGCUCGCUCCGUAGCAAUAUUGUCGAUGCUUUUGCAAACGCGCACGGCGAAACAAUAUCGGGCAGAGGUACGGCAAUCAUCUCACCCACCGUGGGCACCGGCCGUGUAAGGCUCGCGGGAAGAAACGUGUCGCCGGAAACGUGCCUGGCCGGGGCACUUUUAAGCCCGCCUAAGCUGUCACCGAUGCGGCGUACGUAUUGGCACCGAGACACGACAGGCAUCAGUUACACCGGUGAUGAUGAUGGGGCGCGCUUCGGAGAUGCAUCAAACGUGGCGUCCGACAUACGUGCCACGGAUGGAGCCGGCUCAUCUCGACGGCGAUGGAAAAUAUGCCACUGGCUAUAUCCGGUGGAUUGUCGACAGCUCGGUCCUUGCGACGGUGAUGCCGUUGCUGCCGUUGCGGGAUCCCCGGCACACAAUUGCCAUAACAAGACCGUCCCGGCAAACAUAUCGUCGACGCAUCGAUUCCAUCCGGGAGACGGAAACGAUGGCGCCAAAUGCAAUUAUAAAGCGGAAAAGGUAUCGAAAAGCAUUUUACUCUUUCUCGGAGGCGUGUGUCAACAAGGAUUAUCCGAGAUACCGCACCUAUCAUCCGGCAGAUGUACGUCAUUUUUCAUCCUGCUCUUCGGCUACCUCAUGUACCAGUACUACUCGGCCAGCAUCGUCGGCACGCUGCUAAUGGAGCAACCGAAGAGCAUAAAAACGCUGCGGAAUUUGAUUGACAGCCGCCUAACGCUCGGGAUCGAGGAUAUUCCCUAUUCCAGAGAUUACUUUGUGCGCACGACGGACGCGGAUUCGCUGGAACUGUACCGGACCCGGAUCGAGUACUACGAACCAUCGAAAGGAAGGAACGAGUCCCACUUUCUGCCGGCCGCCGACGGUUUGCAGCUGGUACGGGACGGUGGUUACGCAUUUCAUGUGGCCAUUUCGGCCGCCUACCGCAUCAUCCGGUUAACGUUCAGCGAGCGGGAAAUUUGCGAACUGUGUGAAAUUGAUAUGUUCCCCGUCUGGUCCCAGUGGAUGGUGGCGAUCGUGCAGAAAAACUCACCGUACCGCGAUGUCAUAACGUACGGAUUACGCCGGUUGAAUGAAGCAGGAUUAAUGCAGCGGCAGAGACACGUUUGGCAGCAACCGAAACCGAAAUGCGUUCGCCAGAUUGCCCCGACCGAUUUGAUCGUUGGGUUGGAUGCGGUAGUAUCGGCGUUCGUGCUGCUGUGCGGCGGAAUCGCGCUGUCCGUCUGCGUGCUUUUCGUCGAAGUCGUCUGCCAUCGGAUCGAACGUCAUCGGCACGGUUGUCGCCGGGGGCCGGGACGGAAUCGUUUUGUAAUGAUGACGAAGCAGCACAGCUUAGUGACGGACGCUGAGCGGAAUGGUACGGAAUUGUUUUACGUUGAAUAG